GGAAAACGGUCGCGCGCCCGGCGCGACGCGGCAGUUCGCGUAGGACCGCGCGACGGUACGGUCGGUUGUCUUGUGGUGGGCUGGGCGGUCGAAUCGAGUUGCUCGCUACUCCGAAACCGCCAUCACGCCGUCGUAGCAUGUGCCCACUAGUCCGGAGCCACGUAUACCGCUUACCGCAUCGCGAGCCGCACAAUAAACACGUCUCCCACGGCUACCGUUAGGGCGGCCAUACUUCUCCGCGGCUCUCGCUCUCGCGCGAAUGUGACACGGGGAUAUUAACGAGGGAUACGGCUCGGCAUCCCCUUUAAAUCGCGCCCGUCCGCUCCGAUCUCCGCGCGCGUGGCCGCGAAUAAUACGAUACACGUGCAUGUGUGUGUGUACGCGCGCGGUGGUAGUAUGAUCUUCUCUUGGAUAUUCCAGUGAGUCCGUGUGGUGUGCGCCUUAUACCGGGUGGCCGAGUCGAUCGCGCGCGCGAGGCGGCGUAUGUUUUUUUUUGCCGUCGCUCUCGCUGCGGCGUACGGAAGGAGAGAGAGAGAGAAAGAGUGAGAAAGUCGAGAGCGGCAGUCGGUCUGCGACGAGAGCAUCGGCAGGGAGAGAGAGAGAGAGAGGCGGAGAGCGAUCCGGUGUAAAAGGAAUCGACCGAUUUCCAAGGAGACCAGCGGUCGUCAGGAUGAGUUACUGCACCAGCGCGCCCAUGGUCACGCACACCUGCGAGACUCUUCUCAGCAAGUGCGAAAUCCCGAUCGUCGACCUCGAGCACAUGGGCACGGAGAGAUGCCCUCAGAAGGGAGUCGUGAAGCAGGUGGCCUCGAAACUGCUAAGGGCGCUGUCCGAGAAAGGAUUGGCCUUGCUCGUCAACCACGGCAUUCCGGAAUGCAAGAUGAAGGCGGCUUACAGAGCUCUAGACGCAUUUUGCGAGCUGCCGGACGAAACGCGAGCAAAAUACGAGCGCGCCUCGCCGGAUAAUCACGGCUACGUUAAACCAGGCACGGAGAAAUUUUCGGACGAGAUGGAGCUUCGCCACGCUUUCAACGUGACCGGAUGUGGACGGAUUCUGCCGGAAGAUGAGGUUCGCGGAUUUAGAUCGGCGGUGGACGAAUUGACACGCGACUUCAAGCAGCUGGCCACCAUGCUUCUUACCGCUCUGUCCGUGGGUUUGGAGCAGUCCCACGACUUCCUGCUGUCGAAGCACGCGCACGUACUCGGCCCUGGCAACGCGUCCACCAUGCGUCUCCUCUACUAUCCGCCACUCGUUGCACCGGUACAAGGACUGACCCGAUGCGGCGCCCAUUGCGACUAUGGCACUUUCACUUUGUUGGCACAGGACUGCGAGGGUGGCCUCGAAAUACAAACUGGGGAAAGAUGGGCUAGAGUAGGUCAUCUCCCAGGUGCCAUAUUGGUGAACACUGGUGAGUUACUGGCGCACUGGACCAGCGGACAGCUUCCAGCGCUCAGACAUCGCGUCGUUAUGCCAGAACACUGUGGUCGCGGACGUCAUUCCAUCGCCUUCUUUGUGCAUCCAGACGACAAUAUUCCUAUCGAGCCGUUAGAUACGAAGAUCAGCGUAGCCAGCCAGGAAACAACCCCUUGCCGCCUCUUGAAAAAGAAGCGUAGCGUCCUCACGGCGUAUCAGCAUCUUCAACGUCGUUUCCGCGAGACGUACGCCUCUUAAUGUGCUACACGCGAGCCCGAAUAUUCUGUCAGGGUGAUCUAAUGGACCUAAAACCGGAAGCUUAGUCUUCGUACGCUCGGAAAUGGAGUAAAAUUUUGCGGGAAUUCGGAAGAGAUCGAUUUUAUGGGUGAUCAAAUCAAGAUAGCCACGAGCUACAUUUUAAUGUGUGACCAACAUGUCUUGCUAUACAUUGCUUGAUGUAUUAUAAAUGAAAGAAAUAUGCUAAAAAGAUACCACCUCAAAUAUUGAUUCUGUUUAAUGUAAACACGCAAAGGAUGGGAUUGUCGAAGAUACUCUCAACUCUGACAAAUCUUAACGGUAUAGUUGGGCUGUCUUGAUUUCAUGAUUUCAUGUUUGAGAAUCGGAUACCUUCACGAAGCGAAAUUAUGAAAUUGAUUGUCAAAGGAUGUAAAACAAAUGCGAUUCUCAGGCAAUAAUAAAUAAAUUUGUACUUAAUACGA